AUAAGUACGGCGGUCAAGUUUCUUCAAAACCCGAAAGUCACAGCGAGUUCAUCAGAUAAAAAAUAUCAAUUUCUUUUGAACAAAGGGUUGACAGAUGAUGAAAUUAAAAAAGCAUUUAGUCUUGCAUCAAUAGUACUUCCAAUCGAUAAUAAAACUGGAUUUACUGCUGUAUCUAUUCCUUCCUAUAAUAAUAAUAAUAAUAACAGCACUAACGUUGAUAACAAUUCUGUACAUAAUAAUAAUUCAGUGCAAAUUCAGCCAAAGUGGAUUUAUGCUGUUAAAGAUUUUAUUAAUAUUACCGCCUUUAUCGGCACUACUUUAUAUUGCUUACACUGGGCUUACAAGAAAUUUAUUGAGCCACUUUUAUUCAAAAGUAAAAAAUCUCCAAUCAAGCCUGUGGAUAAAAAUGAAGAAUUAUUGAAGGACAUGAAAGAGAUGAAAAAAUCAAUGGCUAAACUUGAAGAAAAAGUUGAUAAAAUAACGUGCAAUGAUAUGUCAGACCCUUCAGUACCGUUGUUAGUACAAGAAUUAAAAACUGAUGUAGCUAGUUUAAAAGGUUUACUCUUGUCUCGUAAACAAUUUCCAAGCGCACCACCCUCGAUUCCAAGCUGGCAAUUAGAUGACACAUCUAAUCAAAAUCGAGAAAAAACUACCGAAGAUGAUGCAGCCAGCGGGAGUAGUGCUAAUAAUUCCGACAGCUCGUUAGAAAUGAUUCGAGAGCAGUUAUUAUUAAUUUGA